AUGUACAAUGAGAGAAUAAUGCAGGCCGUAAGAAACUGUAACUUCAUAGCAACUUUCCUGAAAAACAACAUAUGGUACCAACUGAAGUUUGUGCUGGUGGAUGGCAAAGUAUACCAGGACUGGAGAGGGGUGGUAUCACAAAAACCUUUAAAUGUGCAAAAACGAAUGAAGCAAAAGGCGCCAAUAAUAAAAGAUUCAGACAAGGAGAUGGCACAGUGGGUUGGGGAGCAACAGGCCUGGGAAGCAGCAGAGGAGUUGAUUGUGCUGAUGACAACAGAUUUGCAGGAUGACAAAUUAAAGCAAGCUGUAAUUACUACUACUAAAUCAAAAGGGAAGAUUAGCAGUGGAAAAAACAUUGUAUUUAAAACUCAGGAAAAAGUCAAAAGAAUUGGACCACACUUAGAAAUCUUUGAGGCUUUCCAUGCCAGAAAGGACCCUAGCUCCAGAAAAGUAAUUAGAGCAUCCAUUUAUAUUCAGAAAUAUGUCAGAGGAUGGCUUGAACGUACCAGAUUCAACAGAGUAAAGGCCAAGGCUGCAAGUCAUGGACCAUCCCUUUCAGCAGUUGUAAAGGACUACCGUAAAAUGAUGAAUCGCAUUCAACGUCGAGCUGGUGUUUUGAAUCCAUCCACACCACUAAAGUAUUCAGAACUAGAAGAGUGGUUGGACAAGAAAAAAUUUUAUGAAACAAUGUUUGCCAAGAGGGAGUUCUGGAAAGAGAUGAAUAAAAGUGAUCUGCAGGUAUUUUUCAAAGACUGUGGAGAAUUACUACCCCCACAGCAAAUAGAUAAGGUUUUGCAUCUGGUCUGUCCAGGUCGCACUUCUGAAGUAACAACCAUCAAGCAGCAUCAAGUGCUCGAAAUGGCUUUCACACUACAUCCUCCUGCUGCUGUAAAGCAGAAUACUGUUGUUCAACUAAAGUCAACCUGGGUGCAACCUAUAGUGGAUGGAAAAGAUGGAUACAUAUAUUUAGUGAGCGGACAUCCAGCCUUAAAGGCAGCUGACAUUCGAGUGGUCGGAGACUUAGUAGCCUCAUCAAUGAGAGAAUGGAAAUUGAAAAACCUUUCUGCUCAGGAUUCUAGCAAUGAUGGAUGGAAAGUAACCGACAGUCUUUAAAUGUCAAAUUCUUCUGCAAUUGUCCAAAAGCAAGGAGUUUGAUUGUAAGGAUUCUGUUAUAGGCAGAAGAGAAACA